CCCACUGCUGCAGCACCCCCAUUUUCACAGCCAGCGUGAGUCAGCUGGGCCGGCUGCGGGACCGCGAGGGGAAGAUUGCAUUUGGGUAUUGGCAGCCACCCAUUUGCCCGCCAAUGAAGUAUAUCCUGGUUACUGGUGGGGUCAUCUCAGGCAUUGGUAAAGGGAUCAUCGCCAGCAGCAUUGGGACCAUUCUCAAGUCAUGUGGACUCCGAGUUACUGCCAUCAAAAUCGACCCCUAUAUUAACAUCGAUGCUGGGACUUUCUCACCUUAUGAACAUGGUGAAGUGUUUGUUUUAAAUGAUGGUGGAGAAGUUGAUUUGGACCUGGGAAAUUAUGAAAGAUUCUUGGACAUUAAUCUUUAUAAGGACAACAACAUCACCACUGGGAAGAUAUAUGAGCAUGUGAUUAAUAAGGAGAGGCGUGGUGAUUUCCUGGGGGAGACUGUUCAAGUUGUCCCCCAUAUUACUGAUGCUAUCCAGGAGUGGGUCAUGAAUCAAGCCAAGGUGUCCGUGGAUAGUGAUAAGGAAGAACCCCAGAUAUGCGUUAUUGAGCUGGGAGGCACUAUUGGAGACAUCGAAGGAAUGGCAUUUGUGGAAGCAUUCCGACAAUUCCAGUUUAAAGCAAAAAAGGAAAAUUUCUGUAAUAUUCAUGUCAGCCUUGCACCACAGCUCUGUGUUACUGGAGAACAAAAAACCAAACCCACACAAAACAGUGUCCGUUCGCUGAGGGGGUUGGGCUUGUCUCCAGAUCUGAUUGUCUGCCGUAGUUCCAAACCUAUUGAGAUGGCUGUGAAGGAGAAGAUUUCUAUGUUUUGUCAUGUGAACCCUGAGCAGGUCCUCUGUAUCCAUGAUGUUUCUUCCAUCUACCGAGUGCCUCUUCUUUUGGAGGAGCAAGGCGUGGUUAAAUAUUUUAAAGAGAGAUUGAACCUGCCCAUCAGUGACUGUUCAAGUAAUUUGCUUUACAAGUGGAAAGCCAUGACUGACAGGUAUGAAAGACUGCAGAAAAUAUGCUCCAUCGCCCUGGUUGGUAAAUAUACCAAACUCAGGGACUGCUAUGCCUCUGUGUUCAAAGCACUGGAACAUUCAGCCUUGGCCAUCAAUUACAAGUUGAAUCUGAUGUACAUAGACUCCAUUGAUCUGGAGCCAGUCAUGAAAGCUGAGGACCCUAUGAAAUUCCAUGAAGCUUGGCAGAAGCUGUGCAUAGCUGAUGGCAUUCUUGUGCCUGGAGGCUUUGGACUCCGAGGAACGGUGGGAAAACUCCAGGCAAUUUCUUGGGCAAGGACAAAGAAGAUUCCAUUUCUGGGAAUUUGCCUUGGGAUGCAACUGGCUGUGAUUGAGUUUGCAAGAAACUGCCUGAAUUUGGAAGAUGCUAAUUCUACAGAAUUCGAGCCAAACACUCCAGUUCCAUUGGUAAUCGACAUGCCUGAACACAACCCUGGUGACUUGGGAGGAACAAUGAGACUGGGAUUAAGACGAACUGUUUUCACAACUGAAAAUUCCAUACUGAAGAAGCUUUAUGGUGACGUUCCUUAUAUAGAAGAAAGACACAGACAUCGCUAUGAGGUAAACCCUAACAUGAUCAAACGAUUUGAGAAGAAAGACCUUCGCUUUGUUGGUCAGGAUGUAUAUGGGAAGAGGAUGGAAAUUAUUGAAUUGACAAAUCAUCCGUAUUUUGUUGGUGUCCAGUUCCAUCCGGAGUUUACUUCUAGGCCGAUGAAGCCUUCCCCUCCAUACCUGGGGUUCUUACUUGCAGCAACCGGCAAUCUGAAUACCCACCUCCAACAGAUGAGCAGACUGUCGUACAGUGAUGCCUACAGUGAUGUCAGCGACGACAGCUUUUCAGAGGCAAAGCUAGCUGAACUGGAAAUCAACUGA